ACCACGAACUCAAGAUGACGUCAACCAUCUACCAAAUCAAGGAAGCUGGAAGUUUCUAAACAAAACGACUUCGUUUUUUACCGAAAGUUGUAACUUUAAAAUUGCAGGCAAGAAAAACGAGUGGCGGGAAAACAUCAACAUCAUUUCAAGAAGCCUUCUUUGUAGAAUUUGUGGAAAUCUAAAGUAGAAGGACGGGCAGGGCGUCAAGUCGUCACAAACCAAUAACUUACGAUGUUAGCCUCAAGUCUGCUGGCUAAUUACUGUGAACUCCAUGAUGGCCAAGCGAAUAAAGUGGACAAAUACCUGCACCAACUUCAGCUGUCAGAUCAGACUCUGAUGGAUUUAUCAAUAAGAUUUCGGCGAGAGAUGGACAAAGGCCUGUGCAGAGACACCAACCCCACAGCUGCUAUCAAGAUGCUGCCCACAUUUGUACGCUCCACUCCUGAUGGAACAGAGCAAGGUGAAUUUCUGUCCCUUGACCUUGGAGGAUCCAACUUCCGAGUGCUCCUGGUCAGAGUCAUGGCUGAUGGUGAGCAAAAGGUGGAGAUGGAAAGUCAGAUUUAUGCAAUUCCUGAACACCUCAUGAGAGGCAGCGGGUCAGAGUUAUUUGACCACAUAGCUGAUUGUCUCUCUAAUUUCCUGGAGAAGAUGGGCAUAAAGGAUAAAAAACUUCCUCUGGGCUUCACCUUCUCUUUUCCCUGUCAGCAGACCAAGUUGGAUGAGAGUGUUUUGGUGUCUUGGACUAAAGGCUUCAAGGCAAGUGGAGUAGAGGGGCAGGAUGUGGUCAGCCUUCUGAGGAAAUCCAUCAAAAAGCGAGGGGACUUUGACAUUGACAUUGUCGCUGUGGUCAAUGACACAGUGGGAACUAUGAUGACCUGUGGCUACGAUGAUCAUCACUGUGAAAUUGGCCUUAUUGUAGGAACGGGGACCAAUGCCUGCUACAUGGAGCAGAUGAGGAACCUUGAGCUGCUGGAUGGUGAUGAAGGGCGGAUGUGUGUUAAUACGGAGUGGGGUGCUUUUGGAGACGAUGGUGCCCUGGAGGAUCUGCGCACUGACAUUGACCGGGAAAUAGAUGCAGGCUCUCUGAACCCUGGCAAGCAGCUGUUUGAGAAGAUGAUCAGUGGCAUGUACAUGGGGGAACUGGUCCGUCUCAUCCUGGUGAGGAUGGCCAAAGAGCACCUUCUGUUCCAGGGCAAGACUACAGCAGAGCUCCUCACCACUGGAAGCUUCAACACCAAAUGCAUCUAUGCCAUUGAGAGUGACAAAGACAAGGAAGGUCUGACAAGUGCUGAGCAGGUGCUUCGGGGCCUGGGCCUGGACCCAUCAGUUGAGGACUGCAUAGCCACUCAGAGGGUGUGUCAGAUAGUUUCUACACGGGCUGCACAUUUGUGUGCUGCCACUCUAGCGGCAGUGCUGCGGCAAGUCCGGGAUAACAAAGCAGCUGAGAAACUGCGUACCACUAUUGGAGUGGAUGGCUCUGUUUACAAGAAUCAUCCAGAGUUUUCCAGGAGGCUCCACAAGAUGGUACGGCGACUUGUGCCGGACUGUGAUGUGCGUUUUUUGCAGUCACAGGAUGGCAGUGGGAAGGGUGCAGCCAUGGUAACGGCAGUAGCUUACCGUCUUGCUGCUCAACAUGUGGAGCGUCAGCGCAUCCUUGACACCUUGCGUUUGAGCCGUGAACAGUUGGUGGAGGUCAAGAAGCUAAUGAGUGAGGAGAUGGUGCGAGGCCUGUCAAAGCAAACCCAUGAACAGGCAAGCGUCAAGAUGCUUCCCACCUAUGUCAGAUCAACACCAGAUGGAACAGAGCAUGGUGACUUCUUAGCUUUGGACCUCGGAGGCUCCAGCUUUCGGGUUUUGCUGGUUCGAGUGCGAAGUGGAAAGAAACAUAAUGUGGACAUGCACCACAAAAUCUACAGUAUCCCACAGGAGACUAUGCAAGGCACAGGGGAAGAGCUUUUCAGCCAUAUUGUGGACUGCAUUGCUGACUUUUUGGAGUACAUGGGCAUGAGAGGAGCAUCCCUACCUCUGGGAUUUACAUUCUCCUUCCCCUGUCAUCAAAGCAAACUGGAUCAGGGCAUCCUCCUGAGGUGGACAAAAGGUUUCAAAGCCAGCGGCUGUGUGGGACAAGAUGUUGUUACAUUACUUAAAGAUGCUGUUUCCCGCAGACAGGAAUUUGACUUGAACUUUGUGGCAGUGGUUAAUGAUACUGUGGGAACCAUGAUGACCUGUGGCUAUGAGGAUUCCAAAUGUGAAGUGGGACUCAUUGUGGGUACAGGGACCAAUGCCUGCUACAUGGAGGAAAUGCACAACAUCGAACUGGUGGAGAAUGAUGAUGGUCGUAUGUGUGUCAACAUGGAGUGGGGAGCAUUUGGUGACAAUGGUGAACUUGAUGACUUCUGCACACAGUUUGAUCACAUGGUCGAUGAGUGCUCUAACAACCCCGGGAAGCAGAGGUACGAGAAGAUGAUCAGUGGCAUGUACCUGGGGGAGAUAGUGAGGAAUGUGUUAAUGGAUUUUACUGCGAAGGGCCUGCUGUUCAGAGGCAAACUGUCCGAGCGACUCAAGACCCGAGGAAUCUUCGAGACAAAGUUCCUGUCACAGAUUGAAAAGGACCGCCUGGCCAUGCGACAGGUCCGCUCUAUUCUACAGCACCUGGGCCUCACCAGCUCCACAUGUGAUGACAGUGUAUUGGUGAAGGAGGUGUGUAGUGUGGUUGCCCGCCGCGCAGCUCAGCUCUGUGGUGCUGGUUUAGCCGCUGUGGUGGACAAGAUUCGACAGAACCGCAACUUGAAUCAGCUCUCCGUCACUGUGGGAGUGGAUGGAACUCUUUAUAAGACACACCCUCACUUUGCCAAUAUCAUGCAAGAAACACUGCAGGAUUUGGCACCGCAGUGUCAGGUGACUUUCCACAAGUCAGAGGAUGGAAGCGGGAAGGGAGCAGCACUGAUCACAGCUGUGGCCUGUAGGAUCAAGAGUGAAGGGCAGCACUGAAUACCCAGCAUGAAGGUGGUCAGGUAGAAUCAGAUCCACUAUGACUGAUUUUCUGUACUGGGUAACCAUGAAUUGUGAUGUACACUCCUGACAUGAGUUUUGUUCUGUAGUACUGAAGUGUUUAAUUUGACUUACGUUGUGCGUGGGCUCACAUGCACAUAUGUGAACAUGUGUGUUUGGUUUGUCUUUGGAAUAGAUGAGCAUAUUUAUGGUGUGAGCUGACGUAUAGGAGGGUGGUAAAUGAAAUUCAGAAAUUACAGUUCAACUGGUGUUAAAGGAAUUGCACAUUCUCUAAAAUAUGACUGUUACGAGCUGCAGGAUUGCACUGCCUCCCCACCUGUACUACAACUACCACCAAAAACAAUUGCUUGUUAGACAUUACAAAGUACCUCACAAUAAAAAUCUAAAGAAAUACAAAUACAGUACAACAAGCCAGAAGGAAAAAAGAAAACACAGGGACCCUUUAUUAUUUUCCUGGGCAGAGAAAUCAAUUAAACCACAGUGGCAAGAAAGUAAAGGGAGAGGGUAAGGGUAAAAUGGGUAAAGGUAAAAUGAGGGAUUUGUCCUAGUCUUUGUAGACUUAAUUGUUGUAUUUAUUUUUUUUCUCUUUUGUAUGACACUUUUUUGGCUGGUACAUUGUACAAAGAAAAGACAAACAAACAAAAGAAUGUAUGACAUCUUAUAGUUCUGCAAAUUUCUGUUUUGGUCUGUUUAGAGAUAAUUACUGAAACAAGGGGAAGUAGGUUUGUGACAAUCUAUUGUUUUCCCUGGAAUUAUUAUUUGUGAAAACCAUUGGCACCAACAUCAGUUGUAUCAUCACUACAAUCAGUCUUUGUUUAUGAAACAAAUGUGUAUGGAGUUAUGUAAGAAUACCAUAAUUAUCCCAUUACUGUACCUGUUCCCCACUGAUCAAACCUUAACGAUUAACUUUAAAUGAAUGUAAAUCUCUCCUGUGCUCUGAAACUAAAACUAAACUUUGUAUUCUGCUCCUUAAAGAGCAAAACUUAAAUUUAUAGAAAAAAUGUUCUUAAGCCAACAGCAUUGUCUGCUUUUUCAUUUAGACACACGCUAAUAACUGUUGCUGUUUGCUGUCUGUCUAAAACUGAUCAUUUUCAUCCUGCAGUACUGCUGUUAACAGUGUAAUCAAACACUCAAAAUAAAAUUGGCCUUGAAUUGC